AUGUCACGAGCAAGUCCCAAUCCCUUCUCUUUGAAAGGCCGCACAGCACUUGUAACCGGCGGCGCACGGGGCUGCGGAUUAGCAUUCGCGCGAGGCCUCGCAGAAGCAGGAGCCGACGUAGCAGUUUUCGAUAUCGAACCCGCCGAAGAGGCCUUCCACGCAAUUUCCCAGGAUUACGGUGUUCGCACCGCGUAUUACAAAGUGGACAUCUCCUCCGAAGAAAGUCUCCAGCAAGGAUUCGCCCAGUUCCAAGCAGAGUUCAAUAACGCGCUUGAUAUUUGCGUUCCGUGCGCGGGCAUCAAUCGCCAUCUUCCGUUCCUCGACUUCACAUACAAGGACCACCAGGAUCUGCUGUCGAUCAACGUGCUGGGACUUUACUUCACGGCGCAGCUUGCGGCGAAGCAGAUGAUUGCCAAUGGCACGAAACAUGGAAGUAUCGUCUUGGUGGCUAGUAUGGCUAGCCACAUCGCGGUGCGGAGCCAGUUGUGCUCUGCGUACUGUGGAACGAAAGGCGCCGUCCGUUCGAUGUGUCCGGCCAUUGCGAAGGAAUUGGCUGAAUAUGGGAUUCGAGUCAAUUCCAUCUCGCCGGGAUAUGUAAAGACAGAAAUGACCGCUGCGUUCCCCCAUCUUCUCGAGGGCUGGAAAUCAGAGGCUAUGAAUGGGCGGAUUGCGGAGCCUGAGGAUAUCAUGGGGGCGUGUGUGUUCCUGGCCAGUGAUGCCAGUCUGUACAUGACGGGAUCGGACAUAGUGGUGGAUGGGGGCGUGACACGGUGUGCCAAUCAUGAAGGCCAUCGCCUUGGCCCUGUCGAUGCAUCUACUGUCGUUGUUGUGGGGGCCGGGCCAUCAGGCUUGAUGCUGGCCUGCAAUCUCGUCCGCUUUGGAAUUGAUGUAGUGAUUCUCGAUGAUCGCCCCGAUAAAACGGCCACAGGCAAGGCCGAUGGAAUGCAGCCCAAGACCAUUGAGACCUUUAAACAACUCCGUCUCGCAGAGCCAUUGUUGAAAAAUGGAGCUCGCGUCCACGACAUUUCAUUCUGGCAAUCAACCGCCGACCAGCCCCUCCAUCGAAGAGGUCGUCAAACCCACUACCCAGACCACCUCGUCGGCGCAUCAGACCCAUACAUCCUCCUCGCCCACCAGGGUAUGGUAGAAGAAGUCAUGAUAAACGACAUGGAAGCACGGGGUGUAUACGUCACGCGCAACAGCCGAUUCACGUCCUGUUCGCGCAUACCCGGAACCAACAAGCUAGAAAUCAGAUACGAGAAUGUGUCCACGGGCACAUCAUCCCAGAUCCAAGCAGACUACCUGGUCGGAUGUGACGGCGCGCGAUCCAAAGUGCGAGGCUUCAUCCCAGACGCCGACCUAGAAGGAGAGAUCACCAACGCGGCAUGGGGUGUACUGGAUGGCGUCAUCGACACGGACUUCCCCGAUCUAUGGAGCAAAGUGGCACUGCGAUCAGCCUCGGCCGGGUCCAUUCUCUGGAUUCCGCGUGAGCGGGGCAUGACUCGGCUGUAUGUUGAGUUGAGCGCGACGGACGGUGAGCGGGUCGAUAAGGCGAAAGCGACGACUGAGUAUGUGAUGCAGCGGGCAAGAGAUGCGAUGCAGCCGUUCCGGCUGGAGUGGAAGUCUGUGGAGUGGUUUGGAACAUAUGUUGUUGGACAACGCGUUGCGAAGCACUUCAUGGACCCGCAAGCACAGAUAUUCAUUGCAGGUGACGCCGGUCAUUGCCACUCGGCACUCGCUGCCCAAGGGGCCAAUACCAGCAUGCAUGAUAGCUUCAAUCUCGCGUGGAAGAUCAACCUGCUCAGCCGGGGACUCGCCAGACCGUCUCUACUGCACAGCUACGAAGAAGAGCGACUGAAAAUAGCACAUGAUCUCAUCAACUUCGACAUCGAGCACUGCAAAGCCUUUGCAGAGGGCGAGGCGGCAUUAUCCAAGAACUUCGACGACAACAUCCGGUUCAUCUCCGGUGUUGGGGCAGAGUAUGGACGUGGGAUGCUUACAGCGGCGUCAUCCACGCACGGCAGACUCAAGCCCGGGAUGCUACAGCCUCCUGCCAAAGUCACGCGGUAUAUCGAUGCCAAUCCAGUCGACAUCCAAUUGGAUAUUCCCCUCCUCGGCCAAUUCAAGAUUUACAUAUUUGUCUCAGAUGUUGCUUCGUCGAUGGAUUUCCUGCGGGAUGUCUGUCAGGAUGUAGAGGGGGCUUUUGACAACAUCACUGCCCAGGCUGAACGGUCUUACGGGAAGCAGCCGAGGGGCUACGCUGCUUCUGAUGAAUUCGUUCAGUCUCAUCGGUAUACGGCUGUCUCCGAUGUGUUUACCUUGGCGAUGGUUACGAGCUCGUCUCAGUUGGAGUUUGAGAUGGCGGAUUUGCCGGAUCUUCUGCGGAAGAGUCGUUGGACUUUGUAUUUGGAUAAUGUGGAGAAGAAUAGCUGUACGCGGAAGUGGUUUGGGGGACUUUUGGCGGAUCAGGCUGGUGUUGUUAUUGUUAGGCCGGAUGGAUAUAUUGGAGCUAUUGAUUCCUGGGGUACCAGUGAGGGAGAGCGUGUCGGGCAGUGGAUGAAGGAUUACUUUUCAUUUAUGCUGUAG